AUGUUAGACCCUCUGUCCGCUGAUGAGAUCACCACCGCUGCUACGCUCCUUCGCCAACAUGCGCACCCAACGGCCCUCAAGUUCAACUGCAUUACCCUUCACGAGCCCCUCAAAGCCGAGCUGAACGCUUUCCUAAGUGGAACAGGACCCCGUCCUGCCCGUCGUGCCUUUUCCAUCAUCCUCAAAAAAGGCACCCCCGAGGUCUCCGAGGGUAUUGUCAACUUGACCACAAAGAAGGUUGAAUCAUGGAACAGCGUCAAGGAUGUUAUGCCGACACUGACCCUGGACGACCUUAACAUCAUCGAGCACAUCGCCAGCAAGGAUUCCAGGGUCAUUGAAGCAUGCCGGGAGAUUGGCAUCACUGAUAUGUCCCGUGUCUAUUUUGAUGCCUGGGCGAUUGGGAUUGACGAGCGCUGGGGCUUUGAGCGCCGGCUGCAGCAAGCACUGCCCUACUACCGCACCUCCAAAUAUGACAAUCAGUAUGCACACCCGCUUGAUUUUACUGUUGUCGCCGAUACAGAGAGACAGGAGAUCCUCAGCGUGGACGUCAGGCGUGUGAAUGGGGAACGUACUCCGGUGCCUCUGGACGAGCAUAAUUACCUCCCUCAGUUUAUUCAAGAUCAUUACCGUCCAGAGCGCCUCAAGCCCAUUGAAAUCACCCAGCCGGAGGGCGUUUCGUUCAGAAUGAACGGCAAUGAGAUUGAAUGGGCCGGACUCAAAAUGCAUGUUGGGUUCAACUACCGCGAAGGCAUCGUGUUAUCGAACAUCCGGAUCGAUGACCCGUACGAGAACCGUGAGCGGAAGCUCUUCCACCGCGUCAGCAUGGUGGAGAUGGUGGUUCCCUAUGGCUGUCCCAAGCCACCGCAUCACAAGAAGCAUGCCUUUGACGUGGGUGAAUACGGUUCUGGGUUCAUGACCAAUUCGCUCAAGCUGGGCUGUGACUGCAAGGGUGCCAUCCAGUACCUGGAUGCCGUUCUAGCCACAUCUACAGGCGAAGCCACCGUCAUAGAGAACGCCAUCUGCAUCCACGAAGAAGACAACGGACUCCUGUACAAGCACACCGACUUCCGAGACGGCAACGUCAUCUCAGCUCGAGACCGCAAACUCAUCAUCUCCCAAAUCAUCACCGCCGCCAACUACGAGUACGCCUUCUACCACACCUUCACGCUCGACGGAACGUACAAGCUCGAAGUCAAACUCACAGGCAUGCUCAACACCUACUGUCUGCAUCCCUCCGAACAAGCCGCCGCCUUCGGCACAGAGAUCGCCCGCGGCCUCGAUGCCCAGAACCACCAGCACAUCUUCUCCCUGCGCGUCGACCCCGAAAUCGACGGCCCCAACAACACCGUCGUGCAGAGCGACGCCGUCCCCAUGGCCGACCCCGUCGGCUCCCCCGCCAACCCCUAUGGCAACGGCUUCUACGCAAAGAAGACCCCUCUACGGACCGCCCUCCAAGGCGCAGCAGACUACUGCCACGGAACCUCCCGCGGAUGGGAUAUCACCAACCCCUCCCGCCUCAACCCAUCCACCCGCAAACCCAUCGCCUACAAGAUCCUCAACAACAACUGCCCCCGCUGCUCGCCAAACCCGGAAGCACCGAACGAGUGUAUUGAGAAUACCGAUAUUGUGUGUUAUAUCCAGUUUGGACUGACGCAUUUCCCGCGCACGGAAGACUUUCCGAUCAUGCCGGCGGAGCCGGUGAGUGUUGUGCUGCGGGCGUCGAAUUUUUUCCAGAAGAAUCCGGCGCUGUGGGUGCCGCCUUCGGAUGUGGUGAGGGAUCUGAGUUCGAGAAACGCAAUUGAGGCGAGGGAAUUGGUGGAGACGCCGAGGUUAUAG